UAUUUCAAGACGUAACUGAAGGCAAACGGAUAAGCUUCUGGCAUUCAAGUACUUGUUUUUGGAAAAAAGAAGCGAUUCGUUGGAUUCGCGAUGCUUGCUUUUGCACUUCGUGGAAUUGUCCUCGUGGCUGUACUCAGUUGGUACAGUACCAGUAUAUGGAAGAUGAUCGACGGCUACUUCAAGAACAGAUUCGACAAGUACUUGAAAGAGGAAUUUGAGAAGAAUCCGAGAAUGAGGGCGGAUAUGGCGCAGAAAGUGCCUCCGGUGGAAGUUCAUACUCCCCAGGAGUUUUUGGAUUCCUGUCAACUCGAUUCGUGUCCGGUCGAUAAGGCAGUGGCACUUGAGGGAGAUAAAAUUUCAUCGAUAUCACCUUCAAUAUUGGAGGAAAACGUGUCGAAUGUCGCGGAUGAUAAUCUCAGGAUGGAGGAGAGUAAAGAGGAAAGCGAUAGGAGUGCAUACCGCGUGUCUUCAGGUGCGAAGCGUGAGAAAUCGAGAAAAAUUAUUUUGCAGAGUCAGGAGUCACCGAAGGGCAAGCGGAAAAAAGUCAAAACAAUAACGCUGACAGAGAAGGACUUUGAAGAGGUCAAGAAGAAAAUGGCCAUUGAGGAUGACGACUUCACCGAGUUUGAGGAUGAAGAAACACCUGAGGGUAUUCUUGUAUCGAAACUGGGCUUCAAGCCAAAAGCGGAUAUUGGGAAUCUUGAUAGAGUUACUGAGGACGAAUUUUGUCCUAUCAGUUUGGAGUACGAGGGUGACUGCAGUGAAACCAAAACGUGGCCAUAAAUCGAUGGCCUUUCAGUCUUCAAUCUAAUUUCGUGUGGAUGAAUAAUGAAGUGGAUGAGUCAGAAUUUGUUAUUCUCAGUGCGAGUGCUUUUGUGAGGUAAAUGCUGAUGGGUAUUGGAAAAAAAAAUUUACACAAGUUGUAACUGUACGAAUGGCUCACGGAAACUUCCGGCGGAAGCAAUCGAUGUCACACGCUUGCUAGCUCUUCAAUCUUGAAAAGAUGUCUUUUAUCUCGUGAUGAACGAGGGUUUGCUAUUUGUCGGGAUAAUCAUACUCGCCUUUUCCUGCUGUUCAAUGGAAAUUACUAUUUUAACAAAGGGAAUUUUAUUGUCAGUUCGUUAUAUGAAUUAGCACGAGAAAAUUGAAGCUUUGAAAUUGAAAAUUCUGAAGAAUUCCAGCAUUUUUGCAGCAAUUACCACUAUAAACACGGGAAUUCUUUAAUUUAUUUGAUUUUUUUAUUUAAUAUGAAUAUUUGAUGUGAAUUGGCGCCGAAGUGUAUUAAAUUCUCAAAAAAACCUGAAAUUUAAUCAUUUCUCCAAUAAAAAUCAAUUUGAUAUAAAAAAAAUCAUACAAAAAUUACGAUGAAAUUAUUUGGAAAAACUUCAUUGUUUGUAAUUAAUUCAAUUUGUUAAUAAUCCUAUUAUCGAUGAAUAAAUGCUAUGAAAAAACUUCGAAUGGGAAUCGGCAUUUGAGUUUCAGGCGGAAUCAGUCAGAAAUUUCCCAGAUCAUUUGAUUUAUCUGUAAUUGUUUUCAAUGUUUACUGGAGAAUUAAAAAAUUAAAAAAAUUAAAACACUUUGUGUCGCUAUUCCACUGGAAUGACCGGUCUCUCGUACGAUAUUUUUAAUUACCGAUAAUUAUUGUCAAUCGUCUUAUCAAUGAAUGAAUAAUAUGUCUCGUAAGAAUAUCAAGAAUAAUUAGUGGAAAAAAUAGAGUGACGUCAUUGUACGUGCAAGCAUUGGCAAAAAUGAAUUGAGUAUCUCCUGUUUUUGAUUAAAAACCGGAUUCUUUCAUGACCGAACCGCGCAUUCAUUACGCACUGAGUAUGAGUUCCAGCUUCAAAACAUAAUAAAGAACACUCAUUUUUCUUGUUGUAUUAACAUUGAAAGCACUUCCCACCGGAUAAAUAUGCGAUGCGAGUACACAAAGACCAAAAAUGGAUUAGCCUUGCAGGUGCUACUGAAUAAGAAUAACCGAUUAAUCGCAGUCAAUGUCAAAUGCUAAUUAUCGUACAUCAACCGAGAAUUGUUCAUCAUAAGAAGAGAAAAAUUUGGAGAAUUCAUGACGGUCGUGCCAAGGACAAUCUGCGACCACAUUUUUUCACGAUUUCCAUGGGUUCUAACGAUUUCAUGAACCAGAAAUCAAGACUUUGAAAUUUAUUCAGGAAAAAAAUGUACCAAACAUAUUUUUCUAAAAUUUGUAUUUUUCAAAUGACUUUAGGAUUGAAAUUUUAAGGAAUUUCUAACGGCCCAUCUCGAAAUUCUUUUGAUAAAAAAAUAAUGAACGAAUUGGGUAUUAAUUUUUAAAAUACUUUCUCUGAUUAACGGAUGGAAAUCGUUGGGAAUUUCGGAAUUGAAGAAGAGCAAUUUAUCCAUUAUUUUAUAAAGGUUCUUCCAAUCGUGAAUUCUCCAUUUUUUUAGAUGUUUCAAAUCCUUUCUAACGGUAGACAUUGGAGAAUCUGAGAGGAGGGCACUUUGCGCCCCUGUUCCCAGGCUAGCACUAAAAUUUUUCUAGAGAAUUUCUCUCCAUGUAAUUCAAGUUUCCUCGAUUGAGCAUCAGUUUUUAAAAAAUCGUAGUUACAUAUUUUUUUUAAACAAAUUGCCUCAAAAAUUUAUAUUCUUUCUCCCUAAUUUAAUGUUACCGAAUAUAAACUAAAAAACAAUUGUGAAAAAUGUAUCUAGAUUUUGUUACUCAAAAUUCAAUUCUAUUUCUGGUUUCUACAACAGUAACGAUGAUUAGAAAUAAUGAAAGUUCCCUAAAUUGAAUUUUCUUAAUUUCCUUUCUUAAACAAUUCGACCUUGAAUGGAAUUGAAAUAAAAAACUCCCGAUAAUGUGCAAAUAUUUAUUAAGAAUAUUGCAGAGCUCAUGAAGGUCGUGCCAACAACAAUCCACAACCACUUGUGAAUAUGCAUCGAGAGUAAUAAUUAUUCGUACCAAUAAGUAGAUAUAUUCAUCUGCGCAAAAAAAGUGAGAAAAGAAUUUAGAUGGGAAUAUCGCGAAGAGAUAGGCAUUCUGGACUCAAGUAUAUUUACAUGGCAGAUUUUCUGCUUGUAUGCUACACUGAAUCGAAUCAAAAUAUUGCUUUCUUGUUUGCCAUCCUGGCGCUAAUAUAAGAAAUUUGUUUUCCUC